CACGCAGGGUCACUUGAACCCUACACAGCACGCGUUCAGCCACAGAAACUUGUCGGGCAUAAUACUCUUGACGCCAUGAAUACACUGGUGUUGGUGCUGGGGUCGGUAGUGGCGGCCGCUCAGGCAGCGGCAGCAAACUCUGAUCUGGUGAGAACCGAGGAUUGGGGAUACGGUGACGAUAACGGACCCCACACUUGGCAACACGCUUUCCCCAAGUGUGGCAGCCGCAGGCAGUCUCCCGUGGCAAUACUACCCUGUGAGACUGAAGUAGACAUUCCACUGACGCCCUUCCACUUUGUUGGUUACGACGCCGAGUCCACUGUGAAGAUCACCAACACUGGACACUCGGUUCAGGUCAACAUGGACAGCGACAAGAAUAUGUCGUUCCACGAGGACAUAAAUGAGUGGGUCAACGAGGACGUCAAUGCCUCGGUGACAGGGGGCAGCCUGACCGGUGAAUUCGUCUUCCAUCAGUUCCACUUCCACUGGGGUGCUACCGACACACGCGGCUCAGAACAUACCAUACAUCACGUCAGCUUCCCCGCCGAGCUUCACUUGGUACACUAUCGCAGGAGCUACGGCAGCUUUGAGGAGGCAGUGAAGUACGAGGACGGUGUGGCUGUGUUCGCCGUUAUGUUAGAGCUGUCCGACACGGAGAACCGAAAUCUCCUUCCAAUCGUCUACCCUCUCCGUUUUAUUACCUUGCCCCACGAAACGGUUACUUCCAUCCUGAUGCUGCGCAGCUUCCUGCCAACUAACGUGAACGAUUACUUCGGUUACUUGGGUUCCCUCACCACUCCAGGCUGCGACGAGGUGGUGCAAUGGACGAUUUUUGGAGAUACAAUCCCCAUAUCUAGCAGUCAGCUAAAGGAGUUCAGGAUGCUGACUGCUAAAGAUGGCAGCGCAAUGCAGCACAAUUUCCGACCCCUGCAGCCGCUCAACGACCGUGAGGUAUAUCGAUCCUGGAUGUAAUCCCGUCAUCAGUAUCUGUACCUACGUCGUGCUUUGACGCGUUCCCCGAGCACCAUUACUGCAAAUGACUAGGAGACGUCAACUUGUGGUGUAAACAGUCAUCUGUCUAUACAAUUACAAUGAUAGGCAAGAUUAUAUAAUUGUGUAUAGAAUAACAAAGUAUUGAAUACGGCGGGAAAAAUAAACCCACUGGAGGAGGGUUAAGUAUGUGAUUACAAAGUUUACUGUGCUACUAGUAUAUUUAUCUACUGCAUU